AUGGAGUUCCCUUGGUAUUCUGUUAUUAUUCCUCUGUUUGUUUUCAUUUUCUUUCUUCAAAGGUUCUUCUUUACUACUUCCAAUAAUAACAAAAAAUUACCACCAUCUCCAAGAAAGCUCCCAAUCAUAGGGAAUUUGCACCAACUUGGGUCGCAUCCUCACCGUUCUCUCCAUAAAUUAUCCAAAAAAUAUGGUCCAGUCAUGCUACUUCACUUGGGCAGCAAACCAGUGCUCGUUGCUUCCUCUGUUGAUGCUGCUCGAGAUAUCAUGAAAACACACGAUCUUGUAUGGUCAAGCAGACCUAAAUCAAGCAUCGCUGAUGGACUUAUAUAUGGCUCCACAGAUGUGCCAUUUAGUCCCUAUGGUGAAUAUUGGAGACAAAUUAGAAGCAUUGCCGUGCUUCACCUACCCAGCAACAAAAGAGUCCAAUCUUAUCGUGAUAUCAGAGAAGAAGAAACAUCGAACAUGAUUGAAAAAAUCAGGCAAGGUGGUGAUUCUUCGAAUUCAGUGAUAGAUAUGAGAGAUGUUUUAAGUUGUAUGACGAAUAACAUAAUCAGCAGAGUGACCACAGGAAGGACAUACAAUGGAGGGGACAGUGGAAUACCUGUUAAGGCUCUUCUAGAAGAGCUUCUUAUACUUUUAGGUAUAUUUAGCAUUGGGGAUUAUAUUCCAUGGCUUAAAUGGGUCGAUAAAAUCAACGGUCUAGACAGUAGAGUGAAGAAAGUAGCUAAAGAUUUGGAUGCAUUUCUAGAGAGCGCUAUUGAAGAAGGCGUGACUAGGAACAAGAAAGCAGAAGGCAGUGCGGGUGAACCUAAAGAUUUCGUGGGCGUUUUGCUGGAAAUUCAGGAUGGAAAGGAGACUGGUUUUCCUCUUCAAAGAGAUUCACUGAAAGCUAUCCUUUUGGACUCAUUUACUGCUGGGACGGAUUCAAUAUAUACAACUUUAGAGUGGAUAAUGACAGAGCUUUUGAUGCAUCCAAGAGCCAUGGAAACAUUACAGAAUCAAGUGCGAGGAUUAGCCCAAGGAAAAGCAGAGGUAACAGAGGACGACUUAGCUUCACCACAAGGCAGAAGGGGCUGCCCCGGAUCUGUUUUUGCUAUUGUGGCGAUUGAGCUAGAAUUAGCAAGGAUUGUGCACAAGUUCAAUUUAGCAUUACCAAAAGGAGAAGAAUUGGACAUGACUGAAUGCACUGGGCUCACUAUUCGUAGAAAAUCACCUUUGCUAGCAUUGGCUACUCCAUACUCUACUUAA